CUGUUAUAUUGAGUCUUGCCUUUUUCAUGCUUGAAGCCAAGAACUCAAUCACAGUGUGAUCAAUAUGCAGAUUCUCUGCAACUCUACUUUUUCUUUCCUCCCAAUAAUUUGCUGGGGUCACUCAAUCUAAAUGGUGCCUGGAGGCAGUAUUGGGAUGGAUGGGAAGAGAGCAAACAACUGUGGCUUCAUCUUGAUAAAAUGGAAAUACCAGUUGACCUUUGAAUCUGUGGAAGUAUAGUAUCUGACCAGGGUUAAGUGGAAUUGCAGGUAUCCUGAGGAACUGAAUGGUCCUUGACUCAGUACAUUCCUUAAGCUCUACCUGAUGUUGAAAGUUUUAAAAUAAAAUGAAUAAAUAUCCACAUUCAGAUUACCAGAUGAAAUAUUAUUCAACCAUAUGAUGAUAUUUGAACCAUUUUAUAUGAUUUGUAAAAAAAAAAUGAAUUCCAAGAACAGUUCUGAGACAGUAGUUGAAGCUUCCAGGAAAGGAAUGUACCGUAUAUUCCUGUGCCAAGUAGCAAGCCCUGAAAGAGUACUGUAGAAAUGUAAAGCCAGAACAGGAGGCGUGUGGAUGUUUCUGUAUUUUAUUGGUCUGUAUUGAUUUGGUGUUCUUCUUUUUCUCACAGUCACCUGAGGAGAUUGAUAAAAAAAUGCUUAAGCCUGAUGCAGAAAACAGAAAUGCUCAAAAUGAGCCAAUUGAAGAUACUGAUGUAUUUACUCGGAAACAUUCAGAGAACCUUUUUCAGAGAACAGAGGUUCUGGCAGCGGUUAUUGCUGGUGGAAUCAUUGGCUUUCUUUUUGCAAUCUUCCUUAUCUUGCUUUUGGUGUACCGCAUGAGAAAGAAGGACGAAGGGAGUUACGACCUCGGGGAGCGUAAACCCUCCAGCGCUGCCUAUCAGAAGGCACCCACUAAAGAGUUUUAUGCAUAAAACUCUAAACGUAGUGUCUCUAUUUCAGAGAUCACUGAACUUUUUAAAUAAAGCUUUUUUUUUUUUUGGCCUAGAAUAAUGAAGAACUUUUUUUUCAUUAAAGAGCCUUUAUGGC